GAAAAACCCACGAAACUAGGUCAAAAGAAAGGUAGAGGCAGAAGUGGUAGAACGUCACUAUAGUGAACCUCAGCCACUUUCGACGAACCACCGCAGUCAGAACCGGGCGCGUUCCGAUCUCCGAAGUCCGAAAAAACCGCCAGACACGGCACCGUGGCUGCGUGUAUGUGCCACGCAAGGCCAGUUGGGUUCGUUUCUUCGUUUACUUCCGUUUCGAAACCGGUGGACUUGGGCAAAGAGGAAUUCUUAAGGGUUGUUGUCCACUAUGUAACGGUCGAUCUCUUCGCACCUGACUAUCCAUGACUGGAGCCGCCUUCUUCCCCUCCAUGACGGACAUGCGAAGGCGGUCGACUUGUUUCCAGGCCAUUCUGCACUGCAAAGCUGAUGAGGCCUUCCUCUUGUCACCAUUCAAAACCAUGAGAUAUGAUAUGACCCCUUUUGCCUAAACAGCAGGUUUGCUUUCAAGGCACACCAGGUUCGUGCCAUAUGGGGGACAUCUAGGGACUCUUGUUUCGGGACAUUUUGGGGUGGAGCUUGGGUUAAACCGGUCCAUAGAAAAGGGCAGGUGAUGCUUCUUCGAGGCCCAUAAGCAUUGUUUGAGAUCCUCCCAGAGAUGGGGUCACCAGACCCCGCGAUCGAUCUUUGAGUGCGCAAGGUGGCAAGAGCCUCCUUGACGAAAGCUCUUCGGGCCACGCAGAAGAAUGCAGACCACAGCCUCUUGCUGCCACCCUUCGUCUCCGCCACUGAGCUGCGAGUGCUCUUCAGGCUGGACUAUGCCAACACCAUGCGCAUUUUAGGUGUCCGUUCGAUGAACGGGAAGUACUACUGGAAGGACUUCCAGAAUCGCGAGUUCGAGUCGGCCUCCAAACGGAAGGUCCUUUUGCCCUUUGACAUGGUGGCCUACCCACUGCAGAAGUUCGGCUACCAGUCCAUGCUGGUGGAUGUGGAGCCCGAUUGGCCGACGCCUGUGGCAGAUCCCAAGGCGAUCCCAGUGGUGGUCGUGUUGGGCCACAUCAACCACGGGAAGACCACACUACUGGACUCGCUCUGUGGCACGCGGGUGGCUCCAGAGGAGCCGGGCGGCAUCACGCAGGACGUUCGCGCCAUGACAGGCCAAGUGCUCGGGGACGAGAUGGAACUGCACCUCCCAGGUGCCGCAACGAAGGAGGCCCCCGCGGCCAUACAGAGCAGCCCAAAGGACCUGGAGGAAUCAGGCCUCGCGAGCCGAAUGACCUUCUUGGAUACCCCAGGCCACGAGGCCUUCGAACUCUCGCGUGGUCGCACCAUGGCGGCCGCCGAUGUGGCCGUGGUCGUGGUCUCUGUGGAACGGGGCGCCGAGCUGCAAACAGAGGAGGUUCUGAUGCACGCCUCGAAAUGGAAGGUGCCGGUGAUCUUCGCACUGAAUAAGAUCGACCUCCCGGACUGCCACUUGGAGCUCACCCGCGCCGAGUUGCGCAGACAAUGCCAACUUCUACACGAGCACGGCCUGGCAGAUGUGGAUUGGACACAAGAGGCCGAGCAAGCCAUCCCCAUCUCUGCGCUGUGGAAGCAGAACCUCGAGGAGCUGGUCGGCCGCAUCCGGCAGGUCACCUCCAAGAUGCCGCUCCCGUUGCGGCGGCCCAUCAGCUUGAGCAGCACGCCUGGAGAGGCACUACGGUGGAAGAAUGUGGCGAAGAGGACCGAUUUCCUCCAGGGAGUUGACGGUACUCCUUCUGCCAUCGCCUUGAUCCUGGAGGUGGACAAGGCGGGCGAGGAGCAGGGCGAGAUGGUGUUGACCGCCCUGGUGAAAGCUGGCCGUCUGGUGGUUGGCCAGUUCUUUGUGGUGGGCACUUCCUUUGGCCGCAUCACGAACCUUUCGCUGGCCGCCGGCGUGGACCGAAACCGGCAUUGGUCCAAGUGCGAGACCGCCACCGUGGGUGUGGCGGUGCAGCUGACCGGUGUGCGCACACGACUGGGUGGAGACUGCGCUGUGGAUGACUUACUGUUCUCGCUGCCCCGCGAGCGUGCGUGGCGCUUGUGCGAACACCGGCAACGCAUCGAGCAGCUCAUGGCUUGUCAGGUGGCGGGCCCACCGUUGGAGGUGGCCUGGGAGAGUGACGCCACCAUUGAGGCGAGGACGCAAGCAGCCUUUGAGCGAGAUGAGGUGACGCAGCCAGAAGCCCACUCAGGCACUGCCUAUGAGAGACGCUGGCAGCAAGCUGCAGUGGAGGAGGUCUCUGGCCUCGCGGCGACGCCCACCUUCGACCCGGUGCCGCGGCGCGACUUCGCCCGGCGUGUGCCGCUCACGGGCGCGCUUGAGUCUCCAGAGACACGGCCGGAUCCCCGUGCCUCACGCUUCCAACUUCUUUCGCCCAAAGAGGAGGAGGAAGACGUGGAAGAGCCGAUCCCAGCCAGCACCGGCGGCCGCAAGUCCUCGCGGAGGACGACGGCUCGGCCGGUGGCCACAGGUGCUUGGUCUGCGGAUCCGGCCACGGUGGCGCCGGAGAGGGACUUCGUCUACUACAUGGAUCGAAAGGACUGGUCCGAAGAGGCCCAGAUUGACAGCGGUCGGGUCCAGGCUCGUUGGCAGUUUCGAGACGUGGCGCGCUGGGAGGAGGAGAAGCGCAAGGCUCAGUUGCGGGACGAGGAGAAGCUCAUGACGGAGCGCUUGCGACAGGAAGCCUUCGGGGAGACGCCUGAGGCCGAAGAGGCAAAUGAGGAGAGGCGUUUGACGAUGGAAGAAGAUGAGCUGGAUAUGGCGGAUGACUCUGAAGGAGAAGAACCUGUGCAGCCACUUCCCCGCAAGGCGAGGGUGGUCCCCAUCAUCUUGAAGACCAAGAGUGUGAGCCAAUUUGACAUGUUGAUGGAGGAAAUUGAGCGUGUUGGUGCCAUCGCAGGACUGCGCAUCGUCAUCGUGCACGGAGGUCUUGGCCCCGUCAUCCCCAAGGACGUGGUCCAUGCAGAAGUGGAGAAACGCUAUGGUUAUUGCCCAAUCUAUGCGUUCCAGGUUGGCGUGAAUCCCGCAGCCUCUGGUCAAGCCGCCGCAGAGCAGAUCGACAUCCGCAGGUUCAACGUCUUCACGGAGCUGUUGGAAGAUUUGAUGGAGCGCUGCGGCCGCAUCAACCAGAAGAAGGAAAUGCAACAGUACAUCAAUUCCCUCAGGCAGCAUAUUACACCGCCAGCGACCUGAUCAUGAAGGCUGAAGGCGGCUGAAUCAGAUCCGAAGCCAUUCCCGCCGACGGACGAGCCAGUUCUGUCACCAGCUGAGAUGCCUCAUGAGCUGUUCAGAUGGCCAGGGACAUGCCGCGGACAUGAUGGCCAGGGCAUUUGAGGAGCUGUGCAAUCGAAAAAGAAGCAGUGCAGAUCGCUGGUUCGGACGUAGGCGGUCUACCCAGCCAGGGCCAGGGGGUCUCCCUAUGAACAUACACAAACAUACACCGUUUCUGUGGCCUUCCCAGCUUCACGACAGGAUUGCAGAACAAGACUUCCAACUCAG